GCUGACGGUCAGGAGCUGGACUGAGACCAGCCGGGUCACAGAUCAUCUUCCACUUCUCUCCUUUUACCCUCUCUGCCUGCAAACAGAAAAAAAAAAACUCACAGAGGCAAAAUGAAGAAACAUCCAAAGAACACCACCUGACUCGAUCCGUGGACGCCGGUUUCUGGAUAAGCUUUGGGACUUCAACUCCUCAAGCUGGAUUUGCCUUCUUUGGGCUCAUUUCUCAGUCACAUUUUAUGAUUUUAAUCAGCAUUUUUUGGGGCUUUUUUCUUUAUUUUUUAAAAAUAUCAUACGGUUCAAGAUGUCAGUGGCAGUCGGUGUGCUUGACUCACAAACAAAAAGCUUAAACGGGAGCACUUUUUUUGACCGUGGCUCUUUGAAAGAGCAGGAACUUCCACCUCCCCUCCGGAGCUAUCUUUGCUUGACCAUGUUGGCGUGCUUCUGUCCGGCGUACCCUGUCAACAUAGUGGCCCUGGCUUUCUCUGUCCUGUCUAGGAAAAGUUACUACCAAGGUGACUAUGACGGUUCCAGGACGCUGGGCAGGAGCGCCUUAUACGUCUCCAUAGCGUCCAUCCUCAUCGGCCUUCUCGUCAUCGCCGUCACCUGCAUCGUUCAUUUCACCACGAUGGAUUAUUAGCAGUGAGAAGGGAGAAUAAAUAUGAGACAAAGCAACAGAAACUGCUGGAUGAUGGUAUCUGGACCGGCUCAUGUUACUCCCCCCCUUGACGGGAAAUGACUCAUUUUUACUGCUUCCUCUAACUCAUUUCCCCCCCCCAUCUUUCCUCUUUUCAUUUGAACAAUCAAUAUAAAUGUGAUAAAUUUCUACGCUUGAUAUCCCACUUGAUUUCUCCUCAAAUGUAGAUUUCUAGAAGCAAGGGAAAUCUAAUAAUUUUAGUUUCUACGAGGCUAAGACACAGGUGUGUCUUUUCCUACAGUAAGCACAGAUUCAGACUGAAGACAGUGCUCUAAUCUAUAGCUAGUUUCUUGAAGCCAUUCCUUGACUUUAAAAAGAUCAACAUUUAUCUGCCCCACCCAAAUAGAAUGCCCUGUUGUUUCUUAUUUUGAAGAGAGCCAGAAAGUCAUGCAUUAUUUAUUAAUAGUCCUUUUUGACACUAAAAGAAAAAUCCACUCCCAUUUGUGCCAAGGAUUAUUGUCCUGGAGACUUAGCAUAGUAAGUUUUCUGAAAACUGCAGUAUGAAAUUAUACUCCUGCACUUACGUUUGAAUUUAUUUUAAGGCUUUUUACCCACCUUUACCUGAGGUACCAAUGAUGUCUCUGUAUUUGAGUGUCAAUAUUACAAGGUAAAUAACUUUUCUUGAUAAAGUAUGAUUUUUCUAUAAAUGUGUCUUUUCAGAAAAAACUGAAAACUUACUUUCAACUUCUCCAAAUGUACCAUGCCAUUAAAAAUGUAUUUGCACUCUAA